AUGUCUCUGCACUACCUCCCCCCCGUCAAGCCCUCUGCCAUCGCCCUCGGCACAGCUUUCAACCACGGCAUUGAGCUCGCCGUCCUCGCUCCCAUCUUCGGCCAGACCUACCAGCGCGCCAAGGCUGCCAACACCAAGGAGGAGUUCAUCCGCUCCAAGGAGGCUUCCGGUGCUGCUCUCGCCUGGGGCUCUUCUCUCAUCGGCUCUGCUCUCCAGUCUUAUGGUGUCGGUGCUCUCAUUAACGCCACUGGUACUCUGAGCUACAAGGGCGCUGCUUACCUCGGAUCUCUCAUCUUCUUCGCUACCUCUGCUCCCGGCUACAUUGCUCAGAUCUUCGUUGAGAAGCGACCUCUCGACACCGUCGGCGUCAGCCUGGCUACCAAGCUCGUUGAGACCCUCGGUCUCUCCGUCUUCCUCACCUGGUGGGGAACCCGAACCAACCCUUUUGAGUAA